GUAAUUUAUGGACAAGCCCAAAGUGAUUUUGCAAAAUUUACAUCUCAUUCAAACAAUUUUGUUAAUUAUAGUGAGAAAUACACCUUUUUAGACUAAUACAAUAUGGGUCAGAAUCAUUCGUCAGGCAGCGGUGACAAAAAGGAUGAUAAGGAUAAAAAGAAGAAAUAUGAACCACCAAUUCCAACUCGGGUAGGUAAAAAGAAGCGAAAGCAAAAAGGACCAGAUGCAGCACUUAAACUUCCCCAAGUGACUCCUCACACGCGUUGUCGUCUGAAGCUGCUCAAGCUUGAACGUAUUAAGGAUUACUUAUUGAUGGAAGAAGAAUUUAUCCGUAAUCAGGAACGUUUGAAGCCACAGGAAGAAAAGAAUGAAGAAGAAAGAUCUAAAGUCGAUGACUUAAGAGGAACGCCAAUGUCUGUUGGUAAUUUAGAGGAGAUUAUUGAUGAUAAUCAUGCUAUUGUCUCUACAUCUGUUGGUAGUGAGCAUUAUGUCAGCAUUUUAUCGUUUGUUGAUAAGGAUCAAUUGGAACCAGGAUGUUCCGUUUUAUUGAAUCACAAAGUUCACGCAGUCGUCGGAGUGUUGAGCGAUGACACAGAUCCAAUGGUAACUGUGAUGAAAUUAGAAAAGGCACCACAAGAGACUUAUGCAGACAUUGGAGGUCUUGAUACACAAAUUCAAGAAAUUAAGGAGUCUGUAGAACUUCCAUUAACUCACCCAGAAUAUUAUGAGGAAAUGGGUAUUAAGCCACCAAAGGGAGUCAUCCUUUAUGGCGCACCAGGAACUGGCAAAACACUUCUCGCAAAGGCUGUUGCCAAUCAAACAUCUGCGACAUUUUUACGUGUCGUUGGAUCUGAAUUGAUUCAAAAAUAUUUAGGUGAUGGUCCGAAAUUAGUUCGUGAACUGUUUAGAGUUGCUGAGGAGCAUGCACCGUCUAUAGUCUUUAUUGAUGAAAUUGAUGCUGUCGGUACGAAACGUUAUGACUCAAAUUCAGGUGGUGAACGUGAAAUUCAACGUACAAUGUUGGAACUUCUCAAUCAAUUAGACGGUUUUGAUUCUCGUGGUGAUGUUAAAGUCAUUAUGGCAACAAAUCGUAUUGAGACACUCGAUCCAGCUUUAAUUCGUCCUGGUAGAAUUGAUCGUAAGAUUGAAUUUCCACUGCCUGAUGAGAAGACUAAGCGUAGAAUAUUCAAUAUUCAUACAAAUAAAAUGACUUUAGCUACUGAUGUUAAUCUCUCAGAAUUAAUAAUGGCAAAAGACGAUUUGUCUGGUGCUGAUAUUAAAGCUAUUUGUACUGAAGCUGGAUUAAUGGCGUUAAGAGAGCGUCGCAUGAAAGUCACAAAUGAAGAUUUUAAAAAGUCUAAAGAGAGUGUAUUGUAUCGUAAGAAAGAAGGCACUCCAGAAGGUUUAUACUUGUAGAGAGAAUAAUUAUUACUUUUUUUUCCUUUAUUAAUUAAAUACACACAUAUUGCAUAAAUAAAAAUGAACAAGAUUAAAUUUGAAAAGAA